AUGCUCACACUCUCUAAGCCACCAAAGUGGGAUUUCGACGUCAAAACCCAUGACUAUCCCCCACCAUUCUCAGCCUCCUCCACCACCAUUCGACAUUCACCAAAGCUCAACGGCGGGCCAUCACCUUCCCACCUGGCUGGACCCAAUUACGCCAUGAGCACAUCUCAUCGCGGAUUGCCUCCGCCAUCGGCAAUGACCUUGCCAGAUCCUGGACGUGGCCCUCCUCCAAUACAGUCUUCUAUGGGAUCUUCUUCUCUAGGGGCAUUGCCUUCGGCACCAACUCAAUGGCAGGGUUCUGAAGAUGGCAUGAAGAACUGGCUGGCGGCAAAGGCUGAAGAGGAGAAGAGGAGGCAAGAGGAGGAAAAGACCCGUCAGGAGAAUUUAAAGUUGGAGCAGCGAAAGAUCGAACACUCAAUGCUUCGGGAGUCUAUGCAGGGCGGUAUCCCGCCGCACCUUGUCCCUAUCAUUUUCGCUGGCAUUGGAGGCGGAAACCUUGCCAACAUCAGCGCCGAAUGGAUCCAGCAAUAUACUGCGCAAGUGCAAGUUGCGCACCAGCAGGCUCAGGCUCAAGCCCAAUCACAAGCACAGCUCUCUCCCGAACUUCGACGAGACACAAGGUUACUGGGUCAACAAGCGCAGACAGUGUAUGCUGGACAACCUCCCGUGUCACAAACGAUCCUUCCACCAACCGCAGUGCUGCCAGGUCAGCCUCUCCCAACACAGUCACAGCAUACUUCAGCAGCGUAUGCUGGCGAAAGGACAGCACCAGCUCCCGGCCAGGCCGGCCCUCCUACGUCCGGUUCUCGUCCUCUUCACCAGUCGCAGCUGCCGAAGCUUACCACAAACGAGAUGCACAUUCAGCAGCCACCAUCAGCACAAUCUAGCGUGCAGCAUUUGCAAAACCAGGGCGGACAAGAACAAUCGUCGCCGUCGAUCUACUUCCAUCACUGGGUGCCUCCAGCAUCGCAACAAGAAAAGAGCUCAAGCGGACAUCCGCCGGCGACGCCCUCAGGUAAAUGCAAAUCUUCGCCCUCUACCUCAUACCAAUCUCGUCAACGUGCGACGUCUCAUGCGUCUGACCGUGAGUACAUCAGCUCCCCAAACAAAAAGCGGAAGGCCCAAGGCCCUCACGCAGCGCCACCGCCCCCUACAUCGGCACCCCAAUCCUAUACAUCGCCAUCCUUCUCGCAUGUAUCGACGUCAUCGACGUCAACGCCCGGACGACGAGGACACGCACGAGCCCGUUCCGAUGCAUCUACACGAGGUGCAGAGGCUUCUAUGAGUCGUCGUAGUACGGUGUCCGGGUUGGCGCAUGAGACACGGCAAAGUGACAUGCGAGAUGCUCCAAGAGCAUCAGAAGGAAGGCAACCGCACAAUCCGGAUGCGCCCUAUGGCACUCCACCACAGCGCAGUGAAUCACGAGGCUACGUCCAGCAAUCGCCAGGACCACGUGCCGGAUUAGGCCAGCCUGAAACCCCCAAAUUCGGGUCGCAUCAGCAAUGGAGUCGUGGACAUGACACAUCCCCCAAACGGGAAGCCGAUCAUUAG